GUUGUGAAUCACUAGCGAGCCACGUGCUUUCAACAAAGCAUUGAUGUCCUUGAACAUUGACAGGUCUUGGAUGGUGGUACGAAGUGAUUCAAACGAUUUUAUCCCAAAAGAAACACCAUUCUUGGUGGCCUGCAUGUCGCCGUUGCCUCUCUUGCAGAACUGGCGGAUAUUGGCCAGCGCUACACUGUCAUAGCUUGACCACACAAAAUAGACGUCGUUUCCGAGGUGAAACAGGGUGGACAGGUUACCGCUGGUUAGCUGUGGAUCCCGGAUUAAAGUCGUAAUGUUGUUGUAGAUGAGUCCAACGAGGCGCAUGAACUGGUCGUUGGUGAGAAAAAUGUGUUUCUCUCCCAGCGUCCAUUUCGCAUCUGGUCCAGGAGGACUGGCAGUCGUAAAGUCGCCAAUUAUGAACUCCAAGGCCUGGGUGUCACUGUUGAUGCGGGUGCAGAUGAACUUGUCGUACCCGAACUUCAUGGUAGGGAAUCCUUCAUAGUGGAAAGCGAUCUUUCCGCUCGCAAACUUGCGCUUUGCUUCCCCGACAAGAUCAGUUUUAUCGGGUACGAAACCGCGUUUGGAAGGAGGCAGACUAGUCAUGGUAUAUCAGAAGAAAAGGUAGACUAACUAAAAGUGUCAGGAAGAAUAAUGAAAACGAGUUGGAAUUAGAAGCCUGUAUUUAUAAUAAUCAAAUACACUAAACACCCUGACCACAAAAUCCGGUUCAGCAAUUUGUUGCUCAGCAUUUUGUUGUUCACACUGGGCUUUAUAAACCGUAGAGCAGAGCACACACGCACGCACGCACGGCUACACGCUAACAGAACAAUGGACGGUUUUGCAAGUGCUUUUGGCCCUCGUGGGGAUCCGCGCUAUCCAGCCGAAAGUGUUGAGAAUCGCAUUGAAACAUUUCGUGGUUGUGGGGGUAAAAUUACCCUCGAAGUGGCGAAAGAGUACGCCGAACUGGGCUGGUACUGCACGGGGAUCCAGCACCAGAUCCGUUGUGUUUACUGCUGUGAGAUUGAGGGGACAUGUCUAACGGGCAUCUAUCGAACACCGUGCAAGAAUCCAUGCUUUGGCAAAGCAGUUAAAGAUAACUUCCCACAGAUGUGGGUGGAAUGCAACGGGCUGCGGAUGGAUUACGAUCAGGACAACAUUGAGUACAACCAUUCACCACCAAACAAUCCCGACUGCGCAAAGUAUAACACCAUGUAUGCGCGGGCGUUUUCCUUUGACGACAGACCGUGGCCCGAAGAAAAAAAACACUUGGUGUACAAGCUGGCCGAAGCUGGAUUCUACAACUGCGGUCUUACUGUGCCGGGAGUUUCGGUAUGCCCGGAUGCUGUACGCUGUUUUUACUGCUAUGUCUUCAUUUCUGGAUUGCCGCUGGAUCUGGAACCAUGGAUUGAACAUGCCCGCCAAUCACCAGCCUGUGCAUAUCUGAUGAAUGUAAAAGGCAAACGGUUCAUCAACGAUGUUAUACGAGCUUGCAAGUCCCCUGUUACCGACAUUGGAAUACAAGGUAUGACAGUUUUGGAAAACAAAGCACGGCUCGUUGGCUUCAGUCAAGACCAAAUUGAUGCCGCUAAGGCCAAGAAGAAGGGCCGUUUCUAUUUUUGGGAGGAAUUGGAAGAAGCGGUGGAGUUCCACAACGCCGAUUUUUUUGGAGCAAAAGCAUUUUUUGCACUAUGCCACCGAAGUACCCGUCGGAGACGAUGCCCGCACCGUUGA